CACUGAGCUCUGCUGCGCUGUCUGCUUCCUCAAUCUCUCUGACACACCGAGAAAGCAGAACAAGACGGCAAUUCCCGCACGCUCAACUCUAAACCUAUCACUUCCAGAAAUGUCGUUUCUCCUCCCCAUCCCCCAUUCAACCACCUUCUAGCCGUACACAAGGACCAGCAAUCGAUCAACGAUGAGGUGUAAGAAGCACUUUUCCGAUCUCAGCAGCGCCGACGGCGUUUGCGCCUCCUGUCUCCGUGAAAAACUAUUCACCCUCGUCGCCGCCCAGUCAAGCCAUAUUCAGCAACAAAAGUUUCAGGCCCCGGAGGAUCGCCGGACAUCCGACGUCGUGAUUCAGCCGCCUCUGUUUUUUCCGCGAUCCGUCUCGCCGUAUAUUUCUCGCCGGAACUCGGAUACCUCCCCCUGGCACCUCCAUCCCAGGGACGAACAGAGAUUCUACUUUACUCCUCAAAUAGGUCCAAACGGGAAGAUAGAUGAGGGAGAUGAGUCCAGUAAGAAGAAGAGGAAUUACGGAUUUUCUAUGUUAUAUAAUCUGUUUAAUCUUAGAUCUAAGCCGGAUUCGGAUCCUGUAGCAUCCGGUCACGGCGAGCCUUGCGCCGUGAACUCCUCCUCGGCUUCCUGGAUUUCCUCAAUUUUCAGCGGUCUCCGGAAGAAGCAACACCGUACUUUUUCGUUAGACGAAUCCGCGGCAGGCGGAAAGCGGAGAUCCUGCCGCAAUUUUAACAGAGGAAUGUCCCCGGAGAGGUAUUCCGAUGAUUUUGGUAACGAACAUUGUCACGGCGGAUCGAGCGGCUACUCUUCCGAGUCUCCGCAGCGGUGGAAGCAAACGCCGAGGAGGACGACUGUAGCGCCCACCCCUAGCCGGCGGAGUGGCGGGAGACCGAAAGUAGCUCGGAGCAUCUCAGGAAUGACGUUUUGCUUGAGUCCGCUAGUCCGGCCUAGCCCUAAUCGGCAGUGGAACCAGAAAGGUAUGCCGCUGGACAUGGUGUUUUCCGGCGAUUUAAGAGCUCCCGUGAAGUCUCCGGUGAUGUUGUGCAAAAACGGUUCGAAAAAAAUUGCGGAUUUCGGCAGAGUCAAUCGCAACCAUAGAUUUUGUAACAAUUGACAUUUGAUGAUGGAGAUUAUACAAAUCACCAUAUCCAUUGGACCAUUGCUAUGAUUUUGAAUAUUACCGUUUUAAUUUCGGAAACGCGGAUUCAUCUCCAUUCUCCGCUAGAUUACCUCUACAGUAUUAAUUUCCUGUUUCAUUUGAAAAAUGUAGGCGAUUUAUGAUGUGGUGAUGACUUUGAUAGUUCAGGAGGAUGCCUAAGAGCCCGUUUGGUAGCACCAAAAUCGGCUGUUUUGGCUGAUUCUGCUGAAAUUUAUGAUAUUCUGGCUGGAGUGGCUGUUUUGGCUGAUUCUGCUGAUUUAAGAAAAAAAUAUUUUAAAAAUAUAUUUUAUUAAUAAAUUAAAGAAAAAAUUAUAUGUAAAAAUAGCUAAAAUGGUCCUCUACAAUAACUUCAGCCAAUACAGCCAGAAAAGUAACUCCAACCUUACUUUUUCGGCUUAUUACACAAUUCAGCGCGCGAAAGUAAAAGUUACGUGUUUGGUGAAAAAGCUGGCUGAUAAGCCUGAUAAGCCGAAAACAGAGUUCUCCAAACGGGCUCUAAGAAAUUUGUUGCAGUAAUGUAUAAUGGACAAAUUUGUUUAUAAGUGUCAUGUUUAUUGAAUGUUAUCAAAUAGUCUGGAAUUCAAGUAUUAUUGGAAACAAUGUGCAGAAUAUGCUCUAAAACUUUCGUGUCUACUUGAAACUUAAUUCUAGGAUGAAUAAAUACAUUCAUCUUAUUUUUGUGUGUAAAUUGUCAAGUUAUUGUGUAAAAUAAAGGUUAGUUGUAAUAAAAAUUCUAUUUCUAC